GUCGCAAUUCUGGCUUCCUUGGGCCAUAGGGCACUAAGAGUUCAUGUGGCCACAGUGAACGCUUUCCCGUCAUCCCUCCUCAAAUAUGAGGAAUCCUGGAGCUGUCUGGUGGAUGCUGUUGAAGAUGUGAAAACUUUGAAGGCUGACCUGGACAAAAUUCAAGCAGAUACAGAACUCAAAGAGCGCGUCAUCAAUUAUAUUUGGGGUGCUUGUGCUCAGAUGAGAGGGGAGCUAGUCUUCAAGGCGCACCAGAAGGUUCCUAGAUCAUACUCUAUUCCAGGUAGCAUGACCGCUCAACAAGUUACUGAGAGUGUUCAGUGGAUGAUCAAAUCAUGUGCUUUCAUGUAUGGAGGCUUGAAUGUUGUGGCCAAAACAUUUGACAAGAUGACGCCUUUCUGCAAUCCUAUUUUCAAAGAUGUCUUUAUUUCCCAGUGGUUUGGUGUCAAGGGUGAGGGAAUACGCUUUGCUGAUGCCUUCAAGCACAUCCCCAAUACCACUUUGGCUCUUAUAGCCAUAGUGGUGAGAUUUAAUUUCUUCAUACAAUCCCCUCUUUGCUGGUUUUGUGAUCCUAACACCAUCUCAUACACAUCCAGAUAUCAAUUUUACACCAACAAGCUGGAGCACAUGCAAAAGGACUGUCCUAACUGGAUGAAACAAUUCAAGAAGGAACUAUAUGACAGUAUUUGGUAUACGCAUUCUUUCUACAUUAAUAUCUAG